AUGAGCGGUGAAAGAAAACAAGAAUCAAAAGGCGACGACGAAUAUAAACCCAUCGGCACAAAACAACAGAAAAGGCUCCGCCCCAUGGCUGAAAACACCAAUAAUGGAGGAUCAUCGCCGUCGUCUCCGGUGACAAAAAUCCCUCAAGACCAGCUCUUUUCGAUCCUGCUCCUGUUGCCGGUCGAAUCGAUCCUAUGUUUCUCCAUGACCUGCAAAAAGCUCAAGCCUUUAGCCUAUUCCGAUUCCCUCUGGGAAUCCAUCUGCCGGAGGGACUGGGGGCAAACGCCGGUCAACGCCCUGAAAAGGGGUUCCGAUCGCCUGCGGCGGCAUCCAUGGAGGGAGUUGUACCGGCGGGUUUAUGGGUUGGACUCCGUGAGCUGCCGCAGGCUGAGGAGUGGCCCAGAUGGCGAUGGGAUUUUGCCGACGCCCAGAGCUUCUCACUCGCUGAAUUUAGUUUCUGGGUGUUUAGUUCUCUUUGGUGGGGGAUGUGAAGGAGGCAGGCACCUCGACGACACAUGGGUCGUGCACUUGAGCGAAAACCCGGCCCUGCCCCUCAGAUGGCACAAGAUCGACUCGGGCAGCCCGGGCGGCCGGUUCGGCCACUCGUGCGUCUCGGUCCGCGGCUCCCUCAUCCUCUUUGGCGGCAUCAACGACUUCGGCACACGCCACAACGACACGUGGAUCGGCCGACUGGUGGGCCCGGCGGCCCACUUUUCCUGGGAGCCCCUCGACUCCGGCCCGAUCUCCCCACCGCCCCGUGGGGCACACGCAGCCUGCUGCAUCGACGACAGGUACGUGCUCGUCCACGGAGGCAUCGGCCCAUCUGGAACAAGGCUUGGCGACACGUGGAUCCUCGACCCGGAUUCGAAAACGUGGAGGCAAAUCAUGGCCAGUCCGAGCCCACCGUCGAGAUCGGGCCACAGUCUGACCCAUGUGGGCAAAGCUGGCACUGUACUUUUCGGAGGAAGGGGAACGGGGCUCGAGGUCUUAGGGGACGUUUGGCUGCUAAACUCCCGAUGGGAAUGGAGACAGCUGGCGUUUGAACCGCGGAGCGUGCCUCGUGGGCUCUCUCUGCCUCGAGUGGGCCACUCGGCUAGCCUCAUCGUGGGCCAGCGGCUACUUAUCUACGGUGGGGAGGACUCGUAUAGGAACCGGAAGGAUGACUUUUGGGUGCUGGAUGUGGGCUCGUCGUGUGGCGUUGGGCCGGCUUCUGGGAGGCUGUGGAAGAGAGUGGAGUCCAGAGGGGAGAGGCCCGAUUGCAGGUCGUUUCACGGGGCGUGUGUGGAUGAGACUGGUCGGUUUCUGUACGUGUAUGGCGGGAUGGUUGAUGGGUUGGUCCGGCCAGCCGACCCGUCGGGGCUGAGGUUUGAUGGGGAGAGUUUCUUGGUGGAGCUUGUGUUGUAG